AUGGCACCCGCCAAAGCGCCUGCGGGCCAAUUCUCGAUCCUGUACUUCGCAGCAGCCUCCACCUUCACUGGCAAGACGAGCGAACAUCUUCCUGCACCCGUCCGAGCUCGCGACGUCUUUGCUAUGCUGGAGGAGCGGUACCCGGAUAUUCGUGACAAGGUGCUGAGCAGCUGCGCGAUGACGAUCAACAUGGAGUACGUUGACGUUGGCGAGGAUGAUGCCGAGGACGCGAACAAGCAGAUCGUGGAAGGUGAUGAAGUUGCUAUUAUCCCACCUCUAUCGCAGCCCGCCCCACUAGGGAACAUACUCGAUCCCGCCCUCGAGCAGACAUCGCCGACCGCACCAGGAACAGAGCACGAUGACGACGACCACGACGACCACGACGACGCGCAUGAACACGACACACCUGGGUCUGGCAAAUCUCCUGCCGACCUCAAGCGCCCACGAGCAUGCGAUUCAUGUCGAGGACUGAAGGUCCGCUGCGACCAAGAGCGACCUGAUGUAUCAUGCAGACGUUGCGCAAAAGCAGGCCGACCUUGUAUUACAACACCGCCGACACGGAAGCGCCAGAAGAAGGCCGACAGUAGAGUCGCCGAGCUCGAACGCAAGAUAGAUGCAUUGACAGCCACACUACACGCGCAGAAGUCGGGAGUACCGGGCGUACCGGAAAUCAGGCACCAUGGAGGCAUACCACAACCCGGCGCCAGCGCCAACGCGAUACCCAUGCCGGUUGAGGGUCAAUAUCGCAUGGGAACAGUCGAACACGACUGGGCGCAGCCGCCGACGGCCAGAUACCCAGACAUACCAGCCGGCUAUGGUCCGGCACAGAGCUUGCACAGAGGGCCCGAGCCAAAGCGUAGGAAGAUGGACAAUGCGCACGCUACGAUCCCCGAGGAUAUGGAUGCUAUUCAUCGCGAUCUAGCAGAGCACCCGGAGAUGCGACGGACAAGCAAGAACAAGAUCCACGCCGACCAUUCACACAUCAGUGCUUUGAUCGACAACCUCAUGACGCCGGAUAUUGCGGAGCGGGUUUUCCUCCGCUACGUGAACGAGAUUUGUCCACAUUUCCCUGCCGUACCUUUCCCUCCUGGUACGACAGCGCGCGAAGUCCGAGAGAAAAAGCCGCUCCUGUUCCUCGCUGUCCUGGCUGGAUCUUCGCACGGGAGUGCAGAACAACUGGUCUCGCAAGAGGCGCAACGCGAGUUGACCAAGCUCCUCAAAGAUCAGCUUGCCGACAUCAUCUGGCGCAACGGAGAAAAAUCGCUCGAAAUCGUUCAGGCAUUACACAUAUCUGUGCUUUGGUAUCGGCCGCCUCUUCAUUUUGAACAGCACAACUUCUACAUGAUGGUCAACUGCGCUGCCGUAAUGGCUCUUGACCUAGGUCUCGGAAGGAAGGCAACUCCAAAUGUCAUGAGACUUUCGGUUGGUCCGUUCAAGAGGUACCAUCCCAACUCUAGCAGUGUCGAAGCCCGUCGGACUUUCCUUGUGUGUUACUAUCUCUGCAUGAGUAUUACAAUGGUUCUGCGACGACCAAUUCUGCUCCGCUGGACUAAUUACAUGGCGGAGAGUGUUCGCAUACUGGAGACCUCGCCAGAGGCAUUGCCUUCAGACAGACUGCUUUGCCAGCAGGUCAAGAUGGCGCACAUUGGAGAAAAGAUCUCAGUGGAGUUCUGCAUGGAUGACCCUUCAGUCGAGGUCACCAUUUCCGAUCCAAAAGUCAUCUACGCCCUGAAAAUUUUUGAGAACGAGCUCAGCUCACUCAGGGAGGAGAAUUCCUCUCUGGGUGAAAUUGAUCGUGUACGGGCCAUUUACGCUAUCGUUUGCCUAAUGAAGAUGUGGGUAUCAGUCACCAGCUCCGGCGAAGUGGGUAGUAUCAUCUGCCAGGAAGAUCUCAAGAUCGAGGCCUAUACCGAACAACUAGUCUCCAUGUUCAAUGCCAUUGUCUCCCGCGAUGCUCAAUCGCCCCAUGGAAAGUUCUACUUCGUUGCGAAGCGCCUUCAAGAGCGGUUCGCUCACAUCAAAGAGGGUGCUGCUGGCGAGCAACAAACGGAUCCCGAAUACGACUCCACCCGAAACAACAGUCAAACUUCCCGACCCUCCACGCGCCAAUCACCUGCAAACCAAACCCCGCUUCACCUUCUCUCGGAAGUCGCAAUGGGUAGCAGCAACAAUGUCGCUUCUCAGCAACAGCAGCAGCAGACGCAAGCGCAGGCACAGGCGCAAUCUCGUUCUCAACAACAAGCUCAGGCCGCUUUACAGGCCCACGCGCAGCAUUCUCAGCAAGCCAUGCCAAACUGGUACCCUAACAUGAACGCACAGCCUACUCCAGAUAUGAUGGGUCUUGGUGCACAACAACCAUUCGAUAUCAACUUCGAUUUCACCCAAUUCGAUCUAGGCACAGGCUCGGACGCAGAUCUGUCAGCACUGUUCAUCCCGGACUCAAUGGCAAUGUGGGGUUACCCUGCCGAUCCCAACAUGCAGGGUGGUUACAAUGGAUACUGA